ACUGUCAGUACUGUCACAAGAAAGUUGAGAUUGUUUUUGUAUCAAUAAUCAAUUGGUAACUUUGUUUUAACUUUAUUUAAUUAUUAAAUUGUCGUUUAAAGCGAGUGAAACAGUUUUAAUAAUCUUCUUAUCGUCAUCGUAGAGAUUAAAGAUGGAUCUCACGGAUGAUAACAUUGAACUAAGUGAUAACGAAGAAGAAGAAAUAACUGCUGAAGCCGUACUCAAAACUCUUCAAAAUGCCUGGCAAAAUGAAAGGCUGGCUCCAGAAAUAUUGCCGCACCGUAAUGAUAUGGUAGAAUGUAUGUUAGGACAAAUACAACACAUGGAGCGUAAUAUAAACAAACUCCCAAAAACAGACUUACGUGCAACUAUACAUAAAAUGGAAUUGAGUAGAAUAAAAUUUAUUAUAUGUAACUAUCUAAAAACUAGAUUAAAUAAAAUAGAAAAAUAUUGUAUACCAAUAUUAAAUGAAGAAAGACAAAGGAUGGAUUCAGGAACUAACUUUCUAACCCCAUCAGAAUACAAGUAUGCACAAGAAUACCUGUUGAAUAUGGAGGGUCAUAUGAAGACUGUAGUUCUAGAUAAAAUGCCAGGGAAUAUGCAAAUGUUUGAAACUAAUAAAAUGGCCGAACAUCCUAAUAUGCAAAGCCAUGUGUUCUUGAAAGCAAAUGAAACUGUGAAUGGUGUUGUACUGGGAGACCUGGCCGGUGAGGAUGAAGAAAUAGACUUGGAAGAGGGAUCACAACAUAUCUUGCAGUAUAAACCUAUUGCUGAUCUUGUGAAGAAUGGAAAAGUCCAACUUAUAUGAAAUAUACUCAAUGCAUCACAUAA